AUGUUUAACAAUCGUUUUUUUGAUUAUUACCUAAUGGAGACGAGUGAUCCUAUUCUUCGACGGUUGCCCGUCCAUAUGCGAGCAGGAGCUGUACUUCUAGGAGGUCUAUUCAGUAUGCUCAGCUUCGGGACUGUUUAUACUUUUGGUAAUAUGCUUCCUUAUAUGGUUUCCUAUUUACGAUGGAAAGUCGAUCCAACCAUGAAGGCUGGCUCCAUGAUAUGGCUGCAGACAUUGCUAAGCGGCGUUCCGUUUGCCAUGAUAGCCGGAGGCGUUUUAGAAAGACGCAUGGGAGGCAAACGAGCAGCUAUUCUUGGAUCUCUGAUGUACACGGGAGGAACAGCCAUGACUUUCAUCACAAUUCAAAAGUCCUAUGGUUUGAUGCUUAUAUCUAUGGGUCUUGUGGCAUCAUUCGGAGGUAGCAUUGCAUACAACGCUAUCCUCACUACAGCUCAGAAGUGGUUCCCUCAAAAUGUUGGAAUGGCUAGUGGCAUAAUCGUUGGAGGAUACGGUUGUGGAGCAUUCAUCUUAUCACCUCUGCAGACUUCAUAUAUCAAUCCCUUAGACUAUCGGGUUAAUGCUGAGGGUUACUUCACUCAGGAAGAUUUAUUAGAAAGAGUUCCUUAUGUUUUCCUUGUUAUGGCCACUGUGUACUUCCUGCUACAAACUGUCGGAUUAACUUUUGUGGGAGCCCCGAAAGAGGACCAUGACGAGGGAGACCAACUGAUCUCUGAGAAUCAUUCUCAACCAAUUUCUACCCAAUUAAAAUCAAUGACUUUCGUUGUGCUUUUCAUAUCUCUGACUUUGAACUCGCUUUGGGUUCAAAUCGUUAGUGGACUCUAUAAGGCUUAUGGCCAGCAAUUCAUAUACAGCGAUAUGUUCCUCUCAUUUGUCGGAUCUCUUUCAUCUAUUGCUAAUGCUGGAAGUCGUAUCGUAUGGGGUUUAAUUGUAGACAAGAGCUCCUAUCAAACUUGCAUGUGCAUCGUGACAAGCUUGGCAGCUUGUUCGAUUUGGCUUUUGCCAACAAUCAAAUGGAUUGGCAACGAUAUGGUUUUUCUCAUUUCAAUUUGCACUAUGUUCACUUGUGUUGGUGGAACAUAUUCUCUUUUCCCUUACAUCACCAACAGAUGUUUUGGGAGAGCCAAUUUUGGAGUUGUUUAUGGAACAUUACAGACAGCUUUGUGUGUGGCCGGGAUUUUCGCAGGAUUUCUCUGCCAGUUUCUGCUCCCUGAGAUUGGAUUCGAGAAUCUUUUCAUCAUUGCGGGCUUUUGCAUGGCAGCUUCUUUUGCUUUGACAGUAGUACUGCAUAGGACUGAUAUGGCUGAAUCUUCGUCGCAGUACUCAUUAGUAUCAACAGAAGAAUAG